AGUUGCCUUGGACCACAGCACCACCUACUUAUAGAAGCAUCCCGAGCCUCAGCCCGGCUGCAUCUCCAACGGAAAGUGCGCUCUCCAUCCCUUCGGCCUCCCGGGAGCGUUCUGUCUCCCACGGCUUGGAAACGGAGAAACCUUAGCUGUGAAGUGGCUGUGGAGAGAGCUCGGGAAACCGCACAGUUGGAUAGGGACCCAGAGAGUGAGAGCCGGCGUGCCCCUCGCCGGAGGAUCACACUCACCGGCGGGGACGCAGCAUCCCAGAGGCUGCGGACCCGCCCGCCCAGCCGCGCUCCUGCUAGGCGCGGUCAGUCCAGAGGACUCUCCGCGCACUUUCAACCCACAGCAGCCGCCCGAAUCCCGGAGGUGCCACGCGCUCCCGGCCGGUCUCGGCAAACUUUUCCCCAGCCCACGUGCUAGCGGGGCGGCUCGCUUCCGAGCACGGGAUGGAGCGCCGCGCCUAGGCACGCCGCACCGCCUGAGACGUUCAAGGCGGGGAGAUGCUGACUGCUCCGAACUGACGAGUGUGGGCCCCCCGGGUUAGUGGUGACUCUCCGUUGGCGUCUUCCCUAGCGGCGCGGUAGGCGCCGGCUCCUCGGAUGAGCCCUUCAGUUCCCGGACUUUGAGAGGCGUCUGUCCCCCGCCCGACCGCCCAGAUGCAGUUUCGUCUCUUCUCCUUUGCCCUCAUCAUCCUGAACUGUAUGGAUUACAGCCACUGCCAAGGCUAUCGAUGGAGACGCAGUAAGCGAGCUAGUUAUGUAUCAAAUCCCAUUUGCAAGGGUUGCUUGUCUUGCUCAAAAGACAACGGGUGCAGCCGAUGUCAACAGAAGUUAUUCUUCUUUCUUCGAAGAGAAGGCAUGCGCCAGUAUGGAGAGUGCCUGCAUUCCUGCCCAUCCGGGUACUACGGACACCGAGCCCCAGACAUGAACAGAUGUGCACGAUGCAGAAUAGAAAACUGUGAUUCUUGCUUUAGCAAAGACUUUUGUACCAAGUGCAAAGUAGGCUUUUAUUUGCAUAGAGGCCGUUGCUUUGCGGAAUGUCCAGAUGGUUUUGCACCAUUAGAUGAAACCAUGGAAUGUGUGGAAGGAUGUGAGGUUGGUCAUUGGAGCGAAUGGGGAACUUGUAGCAGGAAUAAUCGCACAUGUGGAUUUAAGUGGGGUCUGGAAACCAGAACACGGCAAAUUGUUAAAAAGCCAGCAAAAGACACGAUACCAUGUCCAACCAUCGCUGAAUCCAGGAGAUGUAAGAUGGCCAUGAGGCACUGUCCAGGAGGGAGGAGAAUGCCAAAGGCAAAGGAGAAGAAGAACAAGAAGAAGAAGAGAAAGCUGAUAGAAAGAGCCCAGGAGCAGCACAGCGUCUUCCUAGGUACGGACAGAGCUCACCAGUAAAAUAAAAGACACAGGGGUGGAUUUUUUUUUUUUUUUUUUUGGCAGGAGGGUGGUGGUUUUGCAAAAGUGCACAAAUCUACUCUCCACUCCUGGACAUUGGUAUGUGGCAUUUGUGCUGCUCUGACCGGUACCUGUUCCCAGUAACAUUGUGAAAGGAGGAGCCACGAAUGUGGUCCCUGUGUUAUUUAUGCUUUGAUUUGCAUCUGGAGACUGUGAAGGCUGGCGCUUGUGACCUGCAGCAGUGGAAGCAGGAAUGAGUGUGCAACCGGUGACUCAGCUGGCUGUGUGGCACCAAGGGAGCCGUCCCUGGCACCAUGGAGAGGCGGGAGGUGUGAGGCUGCAGACCAGACACCCCCCCCCCGCCAGAACAGACUUGUGCAUAUUUAUGGGAAUGAUGAUGCUCAGCAGGCAAAGCGCUAUUUCACUUGUGACCUUUCUUUCUCCUGUUGUGCAUUUUCAAGGCUAAGUGUACCGGGAUAUCUGCUUAGUGUUACCGCAUGUUGUUCUCAGCACCGGCUACCUUCCAACUGGUGUGCCCUGAAAUUGCGUGUAGCUGGGGCUCUGCUACCGGAAUCCCUGCUCAGUUUCACAGCAGCUCGGAUAUGUACAUUUCUGCUGGGGCAACAUAGAAACCUCUUAUUUACUGUAUAUUUAUGCUUUCUUCUGUGUAACAAUUCCUCCCUGAAUAAUAUUAUGUCACUUCGUUUCUAGUGGUUCCUAACCAUUGUCUGGUAAAUGACUUCUAGUUUUGCAAAUUGAUGAAUGUUUUGUUGUCCCUUGAAACUUUUCUUUUUCCUUGUGGGCUUAUUUCUCAUUGUAAGGAUAGGAUAAGCUAGUUUGUACAUAGCAUCCAGUGACCCGUGUCAAAGAAUUUGAAUCUCAGUAGACCUUCCACACUCCUCACCACAGCUCAAGCAUGAGACAUCUGACAGUCAGAAGCCAAAAACUCUCUUUGAGUCUAAGAUGUGAUGAAUUUUAUGAAACACAACUGAAAACAUGGGGAAUUACAUGCAGUCACUUUGUAGGACUCAUCAUGCAGUUUCACAGGCCAGCUAGAGAAUUUUGCACACUUUUUAAUUUCAGAGCAGUUCCUGACUUGGAAUGAUAGAGCACCUACCAAGAUUCUUGGGUCAAUGUAGAAGUUACCAUCAAAUGAAACCAUGUGUAGUUAGCAUUUGAGGAGAAAAUGCUGAAUUCCUACAACUGCUGGUCAGAUCUUAACAGGUCUCCUUUGAGCCAGAAUUUAUUUCAUAUCCAGACCACAAGAGGAACACUCUGGAGACUUCCUAGGUGACCUCUAGAGCAGUUGUUUCAAAAACAUCAUUGUCCACGUGGGGGAAUCUGUUCUUAGAGUAUUCUAAAUUGGCUUCUUGCAAAAGCAUCAUUCUCUUCCUAGCUGAUCCAGAAGAAAAUUAGAACAAAAAGAAAUGGUUGUAGAGUUUUGAGGCAAAAAAACCAAAGCAAGGUAAGGCCUUUUUUCUCAUCUUGCAUUGGCUAAACUACCUCUUCUGCAUUUUUUGUUUAACUUUUGAGUCAAAAGCAUCUUACCGAUAAGUAUGUCAUAUACAUCAUUAUGAAAAUAAUAUUGCUAUGAGACAAUAAGCCAUAUAUGAAUGUUGUAUACAACUUUAGGGUUUGCAUUUAAUCCUAAAGUGUUCACCUCCUUUCACGUCUAUUUACACUAUAUUCCUAGUUACUAAGUGGGAAGGGGGCUUCUUUAUAUAGUGCUUCAUCGUUAAUAAGACACUACCUGUUCUGUUUCUGGGAUGUUC